AUGGGUGCAGACGAGGUACCGCUAGACGAUAAAGCAAAGAGAAUGAGAGAACUCCUGUCCAGUUUCUACUCUCCAGGCCCUCCAAUGUCGCCCAACUCCAGAAACAUCUCCAAAUACGCUUCGCUCGACGACAUUAACUCCACCUCCUUCGAUCCUGGUCAAUACAUGAAUCUCGUGGCACAAAAGUCGAAUUUGGAAGGACUACUCCAGAGGCACGUUGACUUGGCCGCUGAAAUAAAGAAUCUUGACACUGAUUUGCAAAUGUUAGUCUACGAGAAUUACAAUAAAUUUAUCAGCGCUACCGAUGCCAUCAAGAGGAUGAAAAGUAACAUUUCAGGGAUGGAGGCAAACAUGGAACAUCUUCUUGAGAAGAUAUUAUCUGUACAGUCAAGAAGUGACAGUGUUAACACUUCUCUAUUUGAGAAGAGGGAGCAUAUUGAGAAACUGCAUCUCACGUGCAAUCUCCUUCGUAAGGUUCAGUUCAUAUAUGAUCUACCCGACAGACUUAGAAAGUGCAUUAAAUCAGAGACCUAUGCAGAUGCAGUCAGGUUUUACAACGGAGCAAUGCCAAUUUUUAAGGAUUAUGGGGACACAUCAUUUCAGGAUUGUAGGAGAGCCUCUGAAGAAGCGAUAUCUAUUAUUGUGAAAAAAUUGCAGGGAAAGCUAUUUUCAGACAGUGAGUCAAUGCAAGCAAGAGCUGAAGCUGCAGUGCUCCUUAAGCAGUUGAAUUUUCCAGUGUCAGACUUGAAGGUAAAGCUACUUGGUAAGUUGGAACAAUCUCUUGCAGAUAUCGAGCUGAAACCUAAAGAAACAAAUAAUGCUUCUCUGGAUCCUUCAGCCUUUUCCUCAGUUCAUGAGACUACCAUUCAUGAAUUUGUGGAGGCAAUUCGCGCUUUUCAAGUAAUAUUUCCUGAUUCAGAAGAGCAAUUGGUGAUACUUGCUCGAGACCUGAUUACCAAGCACUUCCUAAUUACUGAAGAAUACGUGAAGAAACCAAUUUGUGCAGCAGAUUUGCUUGGGCUUCUUCGAGUUAUUUGGAACGAUGUGCUCCAGAUGGAUGAAGUCCUACAGGAAGCAGAUCUCUCUAACUAUUCUCAUGAGGCUGCCAAAGUUGCCAUCAGGUUGUUUGUUAGCAGCACAUUUGCUCAUCUUCUGCAAGACGUCUCAGAUUCCCUCUUGAAGGUUCUGAAAAAAGAUGGAGCAGAGUACUCUCUGGAAGAUGCUUUAGAUGCUAGCUCAAAAGCUGUUCUUGAAGGCAGUAGGAAUAUCUUACUUGACUUCUGCAAAGUUCUAGAUGACGACUUGGGCCUCUUAGCUAGACUAAGGGAGUUAAUUGUUGAUUUGGUUAAAGAAGGGUUUCUAGACUUUUUCAGGCAACUUGAGGAUCAGUUCAAUUUAUUAUCAGAAAGCAAUAAUUCUUCAGCCAUUCAAGAUCAUAGUUUGACUCAGGGAGCUCAAGGUGACAAAGCUUCUGCUGGUCUUGUCCUGGUGCUAGCACAACUUUCUGCUUUUAUCGAACAAACUGCUAUUGAAAAAAUUAUGGUGGAAUUAGCAGUUUCCUUUUCUCGUUGUGGUGCUAGAGGCCAUGACCAUGGACCUGCAUUUAUUGCCGGGGAAAUUUGUCAAAAAUUUCGGUCAGCUAGUGAAAAAUUCCUGCACCUGUACAUAAAUAUGAGAACUCUAAGGAUUUCACUUCUCUUGAAGAAGCGGUUUACCACGCCUAAUUGGGUGAAGCAUAAGGAGCCUAGAGAGGUUCAUAUGGUUGUGGAUUUAUUUCUUCAAGAGCUGGAAUUUAUCGACAAUGAAGUGAAGCAGCUUUUCCCUCAAGGCAAUCGCAAACAUCGUGGGGCUGGGAGUAAUGGAAGUAGUAGCUCAUCAAGGAGCAAUGCCUUGCGGGAGGAUAAAUUAAUUCGGUCAAAUACCCAGAGGGCAAGAAGCCAGCUUUUGGAAACACAUCUGGCGAAACUAUUUAAACAGAAAGUUGAAAUUUUCUCUAAAGUAGAAUAUACACAGGGAUCCGUUAUUACCACCAUAGUUAAACUGUGCCUUAAAAGUCUGCAGGAAUUUGUCCGACUCCAAACUUUUAACCGGAGUGGAUUUCAGCAAAUUCAGUUAGAUACCCAGUUCUUAAGGACUCCUUUAAGAGAAGUUGUUGAAGAUGAAGCUGCUAUGGACUUCUUGCUUGAUGAGGUUAUUGUUGCUGCUGCAGAGCGGUGUCUUGAUCCGAUACCUCUGGAGCCUCCGAUUUUGGACAAACUCAUACAAUCGAAGUUGGCAAAAAAAACUUGAGAGCUGAACUGAAAUCCUGCCCCACACGUUUUUUAUAGUAGGCGAGGCAGAGUUCAAUUUUGAUCGUUCUAUAUCUACUACGUAUGCCAUAUUUCCCUUGGAUUAUUUUUUAUGACAUGGACAAUAUAAGGUUGAGGUCAAGAGAAGCAGCAUUCGCAGCAGUUGUUCUGGUGGCAUCCUCUCUGUUGGAAUAAUUCAUUCAUUCAUUCAUUAAACAUUCU